UGCACUUUCACAUGCGUCAAUCCAAUCAUUGUAUACAUCCAGAGGUUCAGAAAGUAAAUUUAUUGUUGUUUGAAAAUCUUCUAAGCAUACCCUGCAGGAAUCAGCUGGAGACGGCAAAACACAGUACAUUCAUACAAAAUUACUAGAUUUAUGUGCACUCACAUGUACUUGAAAAACGCACACUUUCACAUUGAUAACACGUUGAAUAGAUAAUUUACUUGUUUUAAUUGUUUUUUAAUUUUCAUUUUAAAUAUCUGAAUUGCUGUAUUGGUUAAUUCGUUUUGGGGGGUUGGCGAUCAAAUAUUAUCCGUAAGAGAUUGCGUACAUUGUAAAAAAUGUCUAUAUAAAUAUUAUUGAGACGUUUUCUUAAUUGUAAUUGCGAAAAUACUUUAAUGUUAAUGAAUUAAGUGACUUUCUGAUACUAUGAGUACUCUAAGUGUAAAUUUAUCUAUACCUUUCCCAUCGGCAAGGGAGGCAGAAAUUAUUUAUCAAGUCCUUAGAGUUGAUAAAGAGCCUUCAAGAAGUGGCGUUUCAAAAGAUUUGACAUUAAAUAAUAAUAUUUUGCAAGUAUUAUUUUCUGGAGCCGAAGCAAGAAAAGUCAGAGUAGCACUGACAUCAUUUUUUGAUAGUUUGAUUUUAGUAACUGAAACUAUUCAACAAUUUGGACCACCUGCGCCUACUUAUAAUUAUUAUUAAUUUGGGCAAUAGUACCAGAUGAAACAUUACAUAAUUUAGGAUUAACAUAUUGGCCUUCCAAGUAUUGGGCAGUAGCAAUUCCAAUUUGGGCUUUAACAGCUCUUGCUACCUUUGCAUUUCUUAUUUAUCCAGCUUU